UUGAAUCCAGUGAGGGAGGAGGACAAGACCUCCGAUCCUCUGCGUUUAGAGCCGAUAGUGUCUUAACUCAGCAUCCGAGAAACACUCCCGCUAAUCGCACAUCACUGGGGUCUGUGCGCCGACUUCCCAAAGACAGACAGACAGACGGGGGGAGCGAUUCUGGCUUCGAGACUAUCCGAGUAGAAGUUCGGAACAAGAGGAAAUACAGAGAGAUAGAUAGAAAGAAUAGUAGUGUUAUUUUUUCCUCCUACAAAUCAGCCAGUUUAAAACAUCAACAACAAAAAAUGACUAGAAGAUCGUGUGCCAUUUACGCCACCGGAAUACUGUGCGCUCAUUUGCUUAUUGUGGGAAUCGCCCUUCUGGUGGCUCAAGUCUUCCAAACAAUGAUUCAAGAACGGAUAAAAAAGGAGAUCACACUGGCUGAGAACAGUAGAGUAUUGGACGGCUGGAUAAAUCCACCACCACCUGUUUACAUGCAGUAUUUCUUCUUCAAUGUUACCAAUCCAGAUGAGUUUUUGGCUGGGAAGGAAAAGCCCAAAGUCACUCAAAUAGGACCAUAUACCUACAGGGAAUAUCGACCAAGGGAAAAUGUCACUUUCCUAGAGAAUGGGACGAAAAUCUUUGCCACAAAUCCCAAAAGCUUUGUGUUUCUCCGCGACAUGUCAGUGGGAGAUCCUGAGGUUGACCGUGUGACAACGGUUAACAUUCCAUUCAUUGCUGUGAUGAACGAGUUAAACUCCUACUCCUUCUUUCUGAGGUCUUUUGUGUCUAUGUGGAUGGGAUCCAUGGGCAUCGAGGUGUUUAUGAAUCGUGCAGUACAUGAGGUCCUGUGGGGUUUUAAAGAUCCACUGCUGUCCAAACUCCACACCAUGAGACCAGAAGUGGAUGAGCAUUUCGGCCUUAUGUACAAUAAAAAUGGAACCCAUGAGGGUGAAUUUGUCUUCCACACUGGAGAGAAGAACUACAUGGACUACGGCAAGAUUGACACGUGGAAUGGCAUCAGUCAGAUGAACUGGUGGUCGUCUAACCAGAGCAACAUGAUCAAUGGUACGGAUGGCAGUGUCUUCCACACCUUCCUGUCCAGGAAAGAGCUCCUCUACAUCUUUGCUGCUGAUCUGUGCCGAUCCAUUCAUUUGGGUUACGUGGCUGACACAGAGGUGAAGGGCAUCCCUGCCUUCCGCUUCGCCCCGCCUUCAGAUGUGCUGGCUCCUCCAGAUGAGAACCCCAAUAACGCUGGCUUCUGCGUGCCUGCUGGGGAUUGUCUAGGAAAAGGUGUCCUCAAAGUCAGCGUCUGUCGGCAAGGUGCACCCAUUGUUGUGUCAUUCCCUCAUUUUUACCAAGCCGAUGAGAGGUACAUCAGUGCCAUUGAUGGAAUGAAUCCAAAUGUGGAAGAACAUGAAACGUAUCUCGACAUCAACCCGACCACAGGGGUUCCCAUUCGUGCCUGUAAGAGAGCUCAGCUCAAUGUCAUACUGAAGAGAGUCCCUGGCUUUCCCAAAACAAAAUUCCUGAAUGAGACAAUUUUCCCCAUCAUGUAUGUCAACGAGACUGCAACUAUCGACGAUGAGUCUGCAGCCCAGAUGAGGACGCUUCUGCUGAUUGUAACGGUGGUUUCCAACUUCCCAGUCAUUAUUGUGGGACUGGGGGCCAUUUUAUUUGUGGUCCUGAUCUUCCUCGUCUGCAGGAACCGCCAGAGAAAGAAUGAAGUAAAACGUAUUGAUUUUACUGAAGCUUUUCAUUCUUUUGCUACGGCGAAAGACGAAACGGCUUAUACCCAAGUGAGCAACCAAACAGAGGAUUCGCCAGAGAACCGCAACAACCAGCCUUUGAGGAACGGAUCUUAUAUCGCCAUGUCACCAGUAGAGGCGCAAAAGUGUUGAUGAAGAAGACUGGUGGAGUCUCACCUGAGGACAUCACGUCUAUCCUCCUCACCCUUUUUAUAUGUUAGUUUUCACUGUGCGAUUCGUCUUCGGGGGCCAGACCCCGCACGCUCACCACCGUUUGCCAAGGGUCACUUAUUUGACUCGUGACUUCUGUUUCCUUGAGCAUGGCCUUUCAAACUGCCAUAUCUUCAAUCAAAACGUAUGUAAGCUCAAAGCACCCACUUCAGUUUCGAACAACCGUCUUCUGGGUUUCCAGAGGCUUCUGUUGCCUAGUCCUGAGAGGCCUAAAAUACACUAUCUUGCCUUUUGAAAAUACAUAUAUGCAUUGCAUGCUCACAGAGUCCAUAGUUCCUGAAGGGUCAUAAACCCUUUCAGCAUGAGAGAGCGUGAAGAGUCCACAGCCUGUGCUUUUUAAAGUGUUUCAGAUCUCUUCCCACACUACUGUCUACAGGUCUACACAGGCAGGCCUUGAACUAACACAGCUCUUCCUACGUCAAACCCUUUGAUAAUGAACAGAUAUCGGUUUACCUCCUCUAAGAGUAUUAGAGAGCUAAAAGAUCUAAUAUGCUAACAAAAAACUGGGUCUUAUCCAGAACAUGUGUGUGUGAGAGAUUGUACAUACCAGUAUGUGUGUGUGUGUGUGUGUAAUUAUAUGUGUGUGUAUUUCUGCAGGCAUGUCAAUGCUUGCAUGUUUUUGUCACACUGUGGUGAACUGCUCUGGUGGGUCACCGUCCACCGAUUUGCACGAUGCAGUGUGACGACAAAGUGGAAACUAGUGACUUCAGCGGUUCGCUCCAUUUCACAGUAUCCGAGUCACAUUUAUUCUGAUGCCAGAAACAUUUCAGUAAUGCUGGCUGUUAAAAGAGAUCAGACCGACUCCUUUAAAGCAUUGUAUUACAGAAAUCAUACUAGCUUUUAGCAUUUCGUAACACAUGUAGAACACUUAGAAGUGAGACUUGAAUUUUUCUGCCUUACAACUACUUACGAAUACAGUGUGAUUCUACUGCAUAGAUGUGGCAGGUAGACGGUGGAACUAGUCGAAAUGUCAGACAAAUAUCAGCGAAUCAGUGGCGGACUUAGAACUACAUCCCUCCCUUUUCACAGCAAAACACGUCUGUUCUGUAAUCUCGAGGGCACAACUACAGUCCGCUGAAUCCACAGUCUAAUCAGAGCGGAAGGGGUUAAAGGUCAACAGGUUUUUGAGGGGUUAUCGGUGAAGUUAAAAACACAUUUUUUCUGUGCACGUUCGGUUUAUAUUUACCCUCAGUGGGCGAAAGAGACUCUAGCACUUGAAUCACUGCUUGUGUCUGUUGAGAUUUAUUUUCGUUUUGCUUUUGCGAAGCCUUCGCUAUUGCUAAAAUAUGAAUCGAGGCCAUAUUUUAAAUCAACUUGAACAGGAUGUGAUAGCUGCACACUUUACAAAAUAUCACUAAAGAAGAUGAGUCGUCGCAUGCAUCUCUGUUUGUCCAAAUGAAUCUUUCUGGUUAUCUGUCUGAAGUUGCCAUAACCAGUGUGUGCAGUUACACUCGGUUAUUUGAAAGUCGUAUGUAUCUGUAAAUCAUUCCCAUUUUGGUGACGCUUGCUGGAAUGAUUGGCGUUUGUUACUUUUACUUGAUGUAAACCAUCUGUUACUUAUUGCGACCACGGUUUUCGUGGAUUGCAGUGCACAUUGUUGCAUAUUUGCCUGUGCCAUGGAAUUAGCUUAUCUUGAAGAUUUAGUGCAAGGUUUAAACUGGAAAAGCUGUGUACUUGCGUGUCUUAUGCAGCUGUAUGUGAAGAAAAAAAAUUUGAGGUAAAGUAAUUCAAGCUUUAGUUUAAUUAACUACCAGUCCAUUACAGUGGCUCUUUGAGUUUUGUUGUCAGCGCAAAUAGUAUAUAAAUUACCUAAAUAUGGUCUUUGUUCAGCUCCGUCUGUCAAAGACCCCGCUGGAAUAUUGUGGUAAGAUGUAACAUGUGACUUGAGUAUGAAAGAUCUAUGAACCUGAGCCAUUUCUAAAGAGUUUCCAGAUUCCUAAUGGUGACUUUUGCCCCUAUAUGCUUGACCAAAGAUUACAUUGGUUUGGUAGAUAACUGGUUUGUUUACUUUCCACACAGAUAGCUGUAGUGCCAUCGAUUUCCCAUUUACAAGAGCAUUAGAACUUCAUUGUCUACAAGGGCAAAUAAAGAAAAUAAACAAUUGAAAAAGUCACUAAAUAUUUUCCAGAGCAUACUAUGUGAGUUUAUAAUGUGAUACAGCAAAGAACUUAAGAUGUAAAGUGUUGCUACAGCGUGCAAAGAAACUCUCAGUAUUAUGUAUUGACACAGCAAUACAACAAUAUGUAAAAAGCAAAUUUUAUAAUAAAGUAAAAAUGUUUUGUAAUCAGACAGACAAAUAUUUAUGUAUUCAUAUGUUCAAUGGUAUGUACAUUAUCUGAAUUUGUAAGGUCUUUUCUUUGGUCUUGUUCAUUUCUGUAUUUUGUAAUUAUUUUGUAAUAUUACAAGUAGGGUCAUCAAGCACAGUUUUCUUAAUUUAAAUUUUUUCCCCCUUCAGACUUAUGAAGUAGAACCAAGUGAAUAUUGUCCUAAAUUGGAGAUGGAACAGUGUAUGUGGUUGUAAAAACUGUUAACUUUGAUGGAGAAAGGCUUGUGUUGUAUCUGUGGGGUGUGAGCCUAUUGUGUGUAAUGAUCUCCUGUUAUACAACUCUCUCAAGCUGUCAACACACUGUUUGUCCAACUGGAAUAACAAAGGGAAGGCUGAGUGUCUUUGAGUUCCACUUAGGAGGAUUGCCAUAGUGCCAUGUCAGGUACAAGGGAAAUUUCCAAUUGCAAUCUAACCUUUUUUUUCUUAGAUGAAUGAUGCCCUCCUUCAGGGAUGAGCUUUUAGUGCCAUAUCAUCCUUGUUUAUUUCACUUGAUUUAGUAGCAACAUGUUUAAGCA